AUGUAAAGUAAAUAUUAAAGAGUUAGUUUCGAUUAUCUUAUUGAAUAAUAGCGAAUCGAAGAGCGAAAGAUCUAGAUUGCUAAGAGUAUACUUGAUAGCAUCGAUUAGUUAGAAUCUGAGCCAGAUGCAGUAAAACGAUGGGGCUGGGAGUUACUAUAAAAUGCUUAGGAUGCUUCAAACGAUAAUAUUUCUGUGAAGGUCAGAAUAGUUUUAGAGAAAAAUAAAUUAAGAUUUAUGCAUAAUGGGAAACCAUUCAGUCUCAAGGAUAUUUAAAAUUUAGUUGAAAAAGGAUCCGAUAAGGACAGACCUGAGUUAAAGAAUGAGGAAGUUGAAAAUGAGGAUGAUUUUGACAGCUUUACUACCCUAAACACUACUCGCUCUAUGCACAAAACAGAUCAAGUAUAAAUUUAGGAUCUUGAUGAAAUGAUAAUUCCAGAGACUACUGGAAGGUUUGGUACAGGAUUCCUUACUACUUAUUUAUUAUCAAAGAAGGUCAAAGUAGAGGGGGUAUUCAAUUAUAACUAGCAAGGCAUGAAUAUUUACAAAAAGUUUGAAUUGAUCCUUAAUCGAGACACGAAAAGUGUUAAGCAAAUGUUACAAUACAACUCAAGAUCAUCAGAAGUUUACAAAAAUCUAGAUGAUGAUGAAAAAUGGCCUCCACUUAAUUAUUAUGAACCUGGAAUCGACUUUGACACUUGUUUUUCUUACUACUUAUCAGAUAUAGGAAUGCAAAAUGCGAAAGAGGGUCUUUUGAAUUUAUACUCUUCUACUCCUUAUGUUCUAGCUUUUAGCAAGAAACUUGAAAUUAUUGAAAUUUUUGACAUGAUUGAGUAGAAAGAAAAAAUCUUUAGAAUCGAUCGAAAGCCUAUUUCUAAUUCGAAGAAUGUUUCGCUUUUGAAAUAUUAUGUCAAUGAUAAUGAAUAGCUCCUAAUAAAAGCCGAGAGCUAAAAAUCUUCAAUAGCUUGUUUUGUUUAGAAAAAAUAAGAGGGAAAUGUAACUAAUUUAGAUAUUAUUUAGAUGGAUAGUAAUGUGCCUAAUUUCUUUGUAGAUUACCCCUUGAUAGGCUCCACACCCUCCAAUAUUUCAGUAGUGUUCAAUUCUCACAUUUUUUAUCCGAACGAGAAGAGAUCUGGUAUUUGCUUAGACUAAAAUCUUGGAUUUAAAGCAAAGAUAAAUGGUCUUGUAAUGCAAGAUCUAGCUAAAUUAUUUUCAUAGUUCCUGGACGUUGUUAUUUAAAAUGGAUUUUCAAGUAUUCAUCAUUUAAGACUCUCGAUAAAUAGUUUAAAUGAUAAUUCCUCACGUAUACUUCGGACCUACCUAUUUGAACCAAUUAUUAAGAAAUUUGUUUCCACAAAGAUAAUUGAGCUUCAAGGUUGUGGAAGAGCUGAACUAAAAAAUAUUAAAAUUCCAGAUAUAUCUGAGAGAAAUUUGAAACCAGAAAACUAACAACAGGUUAUAGAUUUAUGGGAAAUAUUAAACAUCAUAUAUAAAAAUGAUCUAUUAAUUAAACGAGAUUUUUUGUACAUUUAGAACUGGAUUUAAGUAUUUUAUGAUCCAGAUUGGAAUAAACAUUUUCAAAAGAAGAAUAAAGUAGCCAUCCUUGAUAUUCUAAAAGAUUUAAAUAAUCUGGGAAAUGUGGAAGAUAUUCAAAGUACAUUUAAUCUAUCUUCAUACUCUGAGGUUCAAACUUUUAUGGAGAGUAUUUACAGGUAUCUAGUCAAAUACAAGAAUCUUACAUUAAAUGAGGAAAUCAAAGAUUAUAGGCUUUUUAUUAACUAAAGGAGUUGCCUAUCUAAAUUUUCUAGUCUUAUGUAUGAUGACAAUAUUGAUGAAUACUAUAAAUCUUUACUUUAGCAAUAUAAAUUUGAUUUAAAAUCCAUACUCUUUACAAAAGAUUUUUAUCCAACUAUGUUUCCUGACAUUCCAAAAAUGACUGUAAAUUCACUUGAUGAAGCUCUAUUUGAUUCAGUCUAAUAAGUUUUGGGAAAUCUUAAAAAUCUUAUCAAGCCAAUCAAAUUGCAAAGCAGAAUAAUUAGAAACUAUUAAACUUAAGAGACAUUACUUAGAAUAAAUAAUAUCUAUGAUCUACAACAAUUUUGUUAUUCAAUUAUAGGACUAGAAAAAGCUCCAGUGGUUACAUUACAGUAGUUGCAUUCAAACAAUGGGUUUAUGAGUUCUCUGGGAAUCUAAUAAAAUUCUAAGCCAGAAAAUGAUACAAAAAUUGAUGAUUUUUGA